CUCUUCUUCCUUUAAUUCGAAAAAACCCUAAUUCUCUCUCCGUACCGUUCGUCUCCCCCAAACAAUUGCGAUGGACGAUGCUGAUCUCGCCUCCGGCUCCAGCUCAGAUAUGAAGAAGAAACAAAAGCUGGAUGAUUCUGUCGAUGAUGGGGCUCUGGAGGACGAGAAACGUCGCUAUAGAUCUAUGGCCAAGGUUGCUAUUGGUUAUGGGAUUAAUCCUUCUGUCGAGAACUCGGUCAUUACUGACAUGGUGCACACCGUGUGCCCGGAUUUUUCUCUCGAUACUUCUAAACUCAAGACCGCAGUUCUGGAGAUGCACGAAGAAGGUAAAGACAAGGUCAAGAAAAUGCUCAAGGAUGGACAAGGGAAAUUAACACUCUGUUAUGAAUGGUUUUGGACAAGUGAUGACAUUGAUGGACCUAUUUUGAACGAGGAUUUCAUCGGUAUUAGCGCCUAUUUUGCUGAUGAAAACUGGAAGAUGAAGAAAUGGAUCUUGGGGUAUCAUCCUCGUGAGUUUUUGCGUGUGAAAGACAUUUAUGUUGAUUCUAUUAAGAAUGUUAUUCUGGAUUAUGAGAUUGAGAGCAAGGUCUCGACUCUUCUAAUGCCUAACUAUGGUGAUCUUGGUGUUGAAGCGUUUGAUGCUUUUAGAAAAUGGAUAGAAGAGAAAGGGGAAAAUCAGAUCGACUCUCGUGUGUUCCUCAUCUAUUGCUGCUCUGACAUUUUCCGGUUAAUGGUUGAUGAUAUGUUUAAGGACAUAAACAUAUGGCUGAUGGAACGUGUUCGGAUGUUGGUUGGUUGGGGAAGAAUGGUACCGACCAAUUGGGAUGUCACGUUGUAUAAUCUGCAAAAAGCUGUAGAUAUGGAAGCCAAGAAUGUAUUUGAAGAGGAAGAAGAUUACCAGGAUUAUGAACAACCAUCUGAUGAAGAAUGGAUCAAGAUUAAAACUUUUUGCAAACUUGCUGGUUGCAUUUAUAAAGUUGCAAAGGAACUUUUUGACGGAGAGUAUCCAACAUCUAAUGUCUACUUCCACCUUCUUGCAGAGCUAAAAGUCAUGCUAAACAAAGAGCUCAAGAACGGUGAUAAUGAUUACUUCCUCUGCAAAGCCAAGGAGAUAUUGGAGAGGUUUGAUAAGUACUGGAAUGAUAUGUUCCUGGUUUUGGCAACUGCUUCUGUUUUAGACCCUCGGUUCAAGAUGAAGUAUCUUGAGUUUUACUGCUCAAAGAAUGAAGUUAGCGAUGAAGGUUCAAAAGCUGAAACUGUUGUGGACUAUUUACGCGGUCUAUAUGCUCGCUAUGCAGCUAGUGAUAUCAGUCCACUACCAAAAUGUCCCGAUGCUUCGAUGAACCCAAAUCCCAGUGGUUUGUUUAAGUAUUUGUUCGACGAAGAAGAUGAAGAAGAAAAGGAGGAGAAGAAACCUGAUGGAUACAAGGAUUUUGUUUUGUUUCAAGAAUUUCUCAUGUUUGAAGGAUCUUCAAGGGAGUUUCAAGAAUCAGAACUUGAUUCAUAUCUCAAGGAACCUGUUAUGGAGUGGAAAAAGGACUUCAAUGCAUUGGAAUGGUGGAGAGAAGAGAACUCAAAGUACCCGAUCCUCUCCAGAGUAGCUCGUGACAUUCUCUCCAUUCCAAUCUCUCGUGGAACAUCGCACCGUGCUUAUGUUGCUGACAAGAGAGAGUGUCCUGAUUUUAUCGUCUCCAUGGAGGCCAAACUUGUGAACGCCAUGAUGUGCAGCGAGAGCUGGCCACGACUUUGAAAUGAGCUAAUUUGGUAAGAAGAAUAAAUUCUAUGGCUUUUAUGAAAACUUAGUAACUCAAAUGUUCUCAGUUCCUUCCAAACUAUGUUUCUGGUCACCAAUGUAAUGGUUCGAACCUACGUUUCUUGUUGUGUUUCCUUGAUCUUUUAUUGAGAACUACGUUUUAUUCCUCGCCAUGUGACUUCUCUAUGCUUUGUUUCGGAGACUAUUUUGAUAGAUUGAUCAGAACUGAACUUGAUAUUGUUAGUUUUGGUAUUUUUGUCUUACUGGAUUGAUGAUGAUGACCUCUAAAAUCAAAAUCACCUGUUAGU